AUGCUAGCAAAAGCGCUGGGAUGCCAUGGGAGCGGUCGGCUCGAGAAAAUGCCAUCAUCGGAUGUACAAACGAUAUGGCCAUCAUUGCUCCAUCACCGAAUCGUAGAUCCAAGAAUGCCACAGUCUCAGGAAUGCUCCCCAUGUGGAUCGAAAGUGAAGCGAAUGGGACUGGGCCAACGUCGACAGAGCAUCAGGACAGCACCGUGGAUUUCUUCUCGAGUGGCCAAAUCUUGGCGAUAG